CUGUAGUAACCAGUGACGACCCUUGUCAGGCAGGAAAAGACAACCAGGGAGGAAGGAGGCGAAGUAAACAAGGCAGAUUACUACAACUUACUUAAAAUAAUAGUGCCAAUACUUGCGCACAAAACAGAUUGUUUAGCGAAUAUUCGUGAUAGACACGUUAUUCGACCGUUAGUAAUACGUCCUGUACCCUGUGUUGUCACUGCAAGCUAGAUAGCUAGCUAGACAACUUGUAGCUAACGUUACAGCUAGCUAGCAGGCUAGCAAGCUCCAGUUCCACUAGUAGUGCAGUCACAACGCGCCCAGGAUGAUCGCAUUGAUAAACAAGCUCCUUGACUGGUUCAAAGCACUGUUUUGGAAGGAAGAGAUGGAGUUAACAUUGGUGGGACUCCAGUAUUCGGGCAAGACAACCUUCGUUAACGUGAUCGCGUCGGGCCAGUUCAGCGAAGACAUGAUUCCCACGGUGGGCUUCAACAUGAGGAAGAUCACCAAGGGAAAUGUCACCAUCAAGCUGUGGGAUAUCGGCGGUCAGCCUCGAUUCAGGAGCAUGUGGGAGCGAUACUGCAGAGGAGUCAGUGCCAUUGUGUACAUGGUUGAUGCAGCAGACCCAGAAAAGACAGAGGCGUCUAAGAAUGAACUACACAACUUGUUGGACAAGCCCCAGCUCCAGGGUAUUCCUGUUCUUGUCUUGGGGAAUAAGAGGGAUCUUCCUGGGGCGCUUGAUGAGAAGGAGCUGAUUGAGAGAAUGAACCUCUCGGCCAUCCAAGACAGAGAGAUCUGCUGUUACUCCAUCUCUUGCAAGGAGAAGGACAACAUCGAUAUCACACUACAGUGGCUAAUCCAGCACUCCAGAACCAAGCGGAGCACUUCAUGAGAACCUCAUCUCAAGUCCUAGGCCUUCACCUGUACCAAUUCCUCUGUCCUACCCAGCUUGUCCAUACUCCCCUUUUCUUUGGAUGGCCCUCUCUUGCCAAGUUCCCCCCCCCCCAAGCCUGAUUCCACUCUCCUGAAGGGAGCCUGGAAACCUUUUUUAUUUGCGGUGUUCAUUUUCUUUUUGUAAUAUAACACUUCUUGUGACCUAUGACCUCUGAUGGAUAAAGUGGUACUUAGCUGCCCUGAUGUUCAUAUGUCAUACUUCAUCUCUGUUGAGGGUUAUCGUCAACUGCUCCAGAGACGGGGCAGAGUACUGUACAGUACAUAACCUUUGUUCGCAAUAGGUAGAGAAGACUGGAGUCUGAACACUGCAUCACUUAGCAGCUUCAAAGUUAUCUUUACCACACUGAUAUCACAUUUCAAACAGUAUUUAUGUCUUAGACCAGUGGUUCCCGACCUUUUUCGGUUACUGUACCAUCAACUGAAUUUUGCUCUGCCCAGAGUACCCCUGAAGUACCCCUUGUAUCUUUUUCCAGAAUGCCUAUGGUCUCAUGGAUGUUCUCAAGUACCCCCUGUAGGUAGUAUCCCUGGGUGGGAACCACUGUCUUUGACCAUAGUCCUAUUACUUCCCAACGACAGUGCCCAACUUCAGUGGUACUGUGUAUAAUGGUACUGUAUGUACCUUUUUUGAAGGGGGAGUGUUAAAACAUUUGAUUGAAAUACUUGGAGUUUGCACAAGUCUCUCCAUUUCUCUUUUCUUUAAAGGCUAAUGGGAGAUGUUGUUAAAGAUGGCCUUGAUGUUCUCUAUUGUGAUUUUAUAUAUACAUUUGCAUUAUGUCAUCUUCUCUGUUGCUUGUCCUGACGCACUUUUGGUAGUUUAGAAACAGGAAGAUUUUCUUUAAACUAAGCAACAUGGACAAUUUGAAUUUCCAUUAGCCAUGUCAAUGGGCAAGCAAUAUCUGCAACACAUGGUUUACAAACACAAUAUAAAUGUUUAGAUUUAUGAAUCUUCUUUUCCCAUUUCCUGUCAUUGAUUUACAUCAUUAUGCAAUAGCGCCUUUCCACCCAGUAAUGUAGAGAUACUAUUUGCCCAUUUUUCAUAUCAUUACAUGAUCAUGAACAACCCAUUAGAAAUAGAAAAUCUGUGAUAAAGAAGUCCCCCAGAUAAAUUGAGAUUAUACAGGUGUCAGCCAAUAUAAUCUAGGUGUUGGAAAUGUCAUAUUAACUAACGAUGAAGGCUUCUGUGUAAUUUUGUAUAAACUUCCAUGUCUAUGAUAUUAUAUUGCCUCCUACUUGGCGAACGUAAUAAUCAUUGACAACCACGGCAACGUCUCUGCUUUUUGUUUGCAUGCUGGGGCAUAAGUAUUUGUGGGACCUUUGAGAAUUAACUAUAAAUUGUUAUUUUUUUAUGGCAAAUAUAGUAUUUACUAUAUCUGUUUUAACCUGUUUUGUACAUUAUUGUUUCAAUUAAGUCGACGAUUGUGUUUUUAAUAGGAUAUGCUUAUGUAUGAUAACUAAAAACGUUGGUGAAAACCACUUUAUACAUGGUCUGCAGAAUUCAUAUGAUUGUUGCCACGCAGUAGUCACCGUGGCUUUGGGUUGUUGAUGAUGGUUGGUGCUUUUCAUGUGGUGUCAUGUGUAUGUUUGUCUGGCUGUUUUCAUGUAAAUGAAAGAAUCAAUGUGGGAGAAAAUGUAGUGUUUUUGUUGUCCUCUAAUUAAAGGAUCCAUGCCACGGCACUCGGCACAACCUGA